GUGAUAGCCUGGAUCCAGAUCCGCGCGGAAACUUUUCCCUCCGCCCCCACCUGGCCUUCACUCCCAAGUCUCAUCCCUCGCGGUGGCCUACUGGCCUUCUUCCCCACCUCACCUCGCCUCGCCUCCCCUCCCCUCCCCGACCAUCGCAUCGCGUUCGAAAAUUUCAAAACCUCCAAUCCCUCGGAGAGUCGGACACUCGGAGGGAACCCAAAUUUUCGCCCCCGCGUCGCCUCCCACCCGCCGCCCCGCAAAUCUCGAAAUCGCCGACCCCCCCCCCCCGCACUUAAAUCCCAACGCGGAGGCGGAACCCUACGGCAUAGCCGCGUCGAUCCCCCUCGCGCCCAAUUCGCCCGCCCGAUUCGAGAUUCUAGGGUUUCACGCGUGCGCCCAUGCCCUAGCGCCCGCCACCGGUGGUGGUGCCAUGCUCGCGUCCCGCAUCCCGCUCAAGCGCUGCACCGCCGCCGUCCCGGGCGAGGGGGAGCCCCCUGCCGAGAACAUGCCGCCCGCCAAGCGCCGCCGCGAGCGCGUGGCCCCGUCGCGGUUCAGGGACUCGGCGCUGCUGCCCGCGAAGAAGCGCGCGGUCGUGGCGGUGGACGCGGAAGGAGACGGGGCCGGGCACUCGGAGGUGUACGAGGUGGAUGUACGAGUGGCCGAGCCCAAAGGUGCCUCCUUUGGCCCCGUGGAGACCGCGGUGUGGACGCCCGAGCGGCCGACGCCCACGGAGGCCGAGCUGUACCGGGCGUGCCGGAAUAUCAGCAGGAGCGGCAGCUGCGGGGGUGCUGCCAGCGGCAGUGUGGUCACGUCCGUGAGCAAUGCCAGCGCGGACGGCGGUGCUCGUGGCAAUGGCGGGCUGGAGGGGAGGCCUGCGGUGGUGGAGUGCAAGCCCAAGAGGGAGGGCGGCGAGAAGAAGGAGGAUUUCUACUGGCCAGAGGAUUUUGUGCUUGGGGACGUCGUGUGGGCGAGGUCAGGGAAGAAGUGCCCGGCUUGGCCUGCGCUGGUGAUUGACCCUCUGCAGCAUGCGCCGGAAGUCGUGCUUAACUCCUGCAUUCCCGGCGCGCUUUGCGUCAUGUUCUUCGGGUACUCUGCUGGCGGUCAUAGCAGGGACUACGGUUGGGCUAAGCAAGGGAUGAUCUUUCCCUUUGUAGACUACCUAGACAGAUACCAGGGACAACCUCUGUAUAAGCUCAGGCCAAGCAAAUUCCGUGCAGCAAUUGAGGAGGCUUUCCUUGCUGAACGUGGCUUUUUUGAUCUCCAAAUGGAUGUGGGGUGCUCACUGCAAAACUCUGUCAAUGAUCAGUCUGUCCCUGAUGGCUUUCAGGAAGGUGCUGCUUCAAAUAACGAGCAGGAGUGCCAAUCUGAGGCUCAGGUUGUUGGUAAGUCAGCACCAUGUUGUGAUAGCUGUGGUAAUUGCCUACCAUCCAAGGUUUCGAAGAAAAAGAAGCAAGAGGGUGACCAGUUGCUUUGUAGGCACUGUGAAAAGCUAUUGCAGUCGAAGCAAUACUGUGGUAUAUGCAAGAAAAUUUGGCACCACACAGAUGGUGGAAAUUGGGUUUGUUGUGAUGAUUGCCAGAUUUGGGUUCAUGUUGAAUGUGACCUGACAUGCAGCAACAUGGAGGACUUAGAAAAUACAGAUUAUUUCUGUCCAGAUUGCAGAUCAAAACGCAAAACAGCACCAGCAACUGAACAACUGAACACUUCCAACAGUUCAGAAUGUGCUAGCACUUCUAAGGAAAAAAUGACUGAAAGGAUACCUGUUUGCUGCAACGGGAUGGAGGCACUGUAUGUACCAGAGAAGCACAUGAUACUAUGUGAAUGUAAGUCUUGCAAGGGAAGGAUGAUGAGUCUGAAUGAGUGGGAGAAACAUACUGGCUCAAGGAAAAAGAAUUGGAAGAUGAGUAUUAAACUCAAGAGCAACGGGGAACCACUCAUUAAUUUGCUGGAUGGUGUUCCCUGUGGAAAUGUAAAGUCUUCUACCCCAGGCAUUAGAAAAGAAGAGCUGCUAAAAUUGCAAGCAAACUCUUACAGUCCAGUCUAUGCUAAAUGGACAACCGAACGUUGUGCUGUAUGUAGAUGGGUUGAGGAUUGGGACUACAAUAAAAUAAUCAUUUGCAACAGAUGCCAAAUAGCUGUCCACCAAGAGUGCUAUGGAGCAUGUGUUGUACGAGAUCUUACAACAUGGGUUUGCCGAGCAUGUGAAUUGCCCCAACAAAAAAGAGAAUGCUGCCUUUGUCCUGUCAAAGGUGGUGCUCUCAAGCCAACAGAUGUUGACCAACUGUGGGUUCAUGUUGCGUGCGCCUGGUUUCAACCUAAAGUCUCUUUUCCUGUUGAUGCUACAAUGGAGCCAGCUAUGGGCAUAUUGAGCAUCCCUGUAGAGUACUAUAAGAAGACAUGCGUUAUAUGCAAGCAGAUGCAUGGUGCCUGCACCCAGUGCUGGAAAUGCUCUACUUAUUACCAUGCAAUGUGUGCAUCAAGAGCUGGGUAUCGCAUGGAGUUGCAAUACUCUGAAAGAAAUGGUAGGCACGUGACAAAAAUGGUUUCCUACUGUGCUUUUCAUAGUACUCCCGACCCAGAUAAUGUGUUGGUAGUGAAGACACCUGAAGGAGUUUUCUCUACCAAAUUUUUGCUCCAAAGUAGUGAGAAACAGACUCGUACAAGGCUUGUCAGGAAGGAAAAUCACCUGGAGAAGGUGCUUCCUGCUAAAAUUUCUGACUGCCUAACUGCAAGAUGCCAAACUUAUGAAAUGUUGAAAAACAAGAAAGAACCACGAGAGGCGAUUGCCCACAGAAUAAUGGGACCACAACACCACUCCCAAGAUUUGAUUGAUGCUCUAAACACAUGCAUGGAUCAUAAGGACGGCCAACCUUUUUCUACAUUUAAAGAACGACUUUGUUAUUUACAGAAAACUGAAAAUAAGAGGCUCUCCUGUGGUCUAUCUGGAAUACAUGGAUGGGGGCUCUUUGCUGUUAGGAAAAUUCAAGAGGGUCAAAUGGUUAUUGAAUAUCGUGGUGAACAAGUUAGACGCAGUGUUGCUGAUUUGAGGGAAGCACGAUACCAUAGAGAGAGAAAAGACUGUUAUCUGUUCAAGAUAAGUGAAGAUGUUGUUAUUGAUGCCACAGAGAAAGGAAACAUAGCCCGCCUAAUUAACCACUCGUGUAUGCCUAACUGCUAUGCAAGGAUCAUGAGUGUUGGUGAUGACAAGAGCCAGAUCAUUCUUAUUGCCAAAAGAGAUGUCUGUGCAGGAGAAGAAUUAACUUAUGACUACUUGUUUGACCCUGACGAGCCUGAAGAUUGCAAAGUUCCUUGUCUCUGUAAAGCUCCUAGCUGCCGUGGAUACAUGAAUUAGGGUAAAACCAUCUUACAAGGACUAACCCCUUACAGCUGCCGAAGGCUGGGCGUUUUCCCAGAUCCAGCCAGAUUCACGAUUCAUUUAUUUGUUCCCUCAUCUGGUUACUCAAUUUACGCGUGGCUGCCAAGAAGCAUCGAUUUUGUAUUAUUGCCACGGAUUUUAUUUAGAUUGCAAGGUAGGCUCAACCGGGUUCAGCCAGCCGUUGUAAAUUCGUCCAUUGUUGUAAUAAAGAUGCUGCUAUCUAAGUGAAAAAAAUCCAUUCGAUGCAA